CGCCAUUUCCUGAGAACAUGCGACGGUAAUCUUUCGGCAACUUCAAACUAUAGGAUCCUAUCACGUAGUGAUACUCAGUUAUGCUUCACGGGGACUGGCAGAAUUGAGCACACAGUCAUCGAAACAUGGCUAGGGAAGCAAGGAGCAAAGGGGCAUGUUGGACAUGCAGACUACGUAGGAAAAAGUGUGAUGAACGGUCCCCGGUUUGUGUCGCGUGUACUGCACAUAGCCUACCUUGCUAUGGCUACGACAAGCCAGAUUGGGCAGAUGGUGCGAGCAAGCAGAAAGCCAAAGCUGAUGAGCUGCGACUUAUGAUUCGCGAAGUUGCUUCAGCGAGGCGACAGCUCUUGAAGCAGAAAACGUCCAAGAAUUUCGUGGAUUCGGCAACUUCCCUACCUAUUGUGACUGCUGUGGACGUCCAUAGUAUUAUUCCGGACGCAUCUCAGUUGACAAUCGGUAAACCUCGGCCUCAAAACCCCUUACCUCACUAUGUCGAGAUUAGAAAUAUAUUCGACGAUUAUCUUAUUGACCAAGUUGGAACUACUCAGGUUCUGGGGCAUGAUCCACGAGAAGAACUGAUCUCCUACUACCUUGAUGUCGUCUUUCCAAUCCAAUUUCCAAUCUCACCGAACUCGAAAAAUGGCCGUGAGUGGUUGUUACCUCUUCUUCGACAAGUCAAACCUUUGUAUCAUGCUGCCAUUAGUAUUGCCGCAUAUCACAGGGAAAUCUCAGGACAGAGUGUUAGCGACCGAAAUUACUGGAGAAUUCAUCAUGGACUAGCACUCAAAGAAUUACGACAGUACCUUGGAGAAUGUCACGGAUACAACCUCACGGUUUCUCUGGAGUCGAAUGUUGAGGUUCUCGGCGCCAUCGUUCUUCUUGUUUCCCUGGAGGUCAUGAUGGGAGACACUGAGAGUUGGUAUGUCCACAUGAAAGGCCCUCUACAUCUUCUUCCAAGUUUGAGGCAUGCCUGUGAGAACCGAAACAUGCUCUCUCCUGAACAUUUCCAGGGCCUUCAAUUCUUUUCCGCGGUCAUCGUUUGGUACAAUGCCCUAUCAUGCGCCUCGACAGGACUGAUACCAUGGGCACCUAUCUCUUGUCUCAGAACAGCGGUACGUGGCUGGGUCAAUACAUAUGCCGUCACAGGAUGUCAAUGUGAAGUGACGAUAUCUAUCAUUGAAAUCGCUGCCUUGAAUGUACAGAUCAAGCAGCGAAGGUUGGAGGAUCCAGAGCUUUCUGCUAUAGUAAGACGAAUUGACAAUGAUCUGUUCAGAUGGUUUAAGGGGCUUGGUAUAAGUCCCGAAAAGGAGCUUGGAGUAGAGACACUUAUCACUCGAGUGUUUGCGAGUGCAGCUCAGAUAUACCUCGGCGUCGUUGCCUCAGCAUUUGACUCAGAAUUACCAAAAAUCUGUAUCCGUGUCGCUGAGUCGCUUGUCGCCUUGGAAGCAAUCACCGACGUGCGGGUUUUGAGCACAUUAAUAUGGCCUAUCUGCAUCACCGGAUGCAUGGCCACAGGGUGGCAAAGAGAUAAGAUGAAGAAGAUAUUUCUUACUAUGAAGAAUGUACCUAUUUUGCAGCUUGGCAGUAUGGAUAGAUGUCGGAAGAUUAUCGAAGAAUGUUGGCGACUAAGAUCAGAAGGCUGCGAUACAGAUUCGCGAACCACUUGGAUUAAAGCUAUGGAUAGCUUAGGCUUGAAGAUAUUACUGGUGUAAGAUAGUAGAGCUUAGAAUACAGCGUGAUGAAGUUUCCAGCAACGUGCGAG